CGUUCAUUUCCUUUUUUGACAUGGAGCUGUUAUUUGUAGUUCUAUUUGCCAACAUUGCCACUGUGUAUCCAUUAGAUGUCAGUCACAGUUUAAUAAGUGAUUUUUUCGAAGUGAAAAACACUUAUGCAUUAAAUUUGUUACUUUGUUCAAAGAAAGAAGCAGUUCAAACAGUGGAGUAUUUUUUAGUUAACCAUAGAGAAAAGUUGUUUACCGUAAAUGGCCAAUAUGGGAUAGAAAAAGAUAUCUUGACUUCAAUCACAGGCCACCAUUAUAAAGUAGGGAUUUUUUUAGACCUAAAUUGCAAGGAAAACCAGAAAAUUUUCAAUUUGGUGUCUAGACUGGGGUUUUUCAAUACUUCGCACACAUUUCUCAUUUACUCUGAUCAUGUUUCUGAUACCCUGCAUCGAGCUGUUCUAGAUUCUACUGCCGACUUGACAAUGGUCAAUUCAGAAAACACAUUUUACCAUAUACAAAGGAGCAGGGGAGAUUAUGACAUUAACACUGUGCGAUUGGGAACAUGGAAACCAAACACCGUCCUUAAGCUAAAAAGAGUUCCAACCGUCCGGUCCCUCGAUGGGACGACGAUUACAUCAACCAUGUUUAUCACACAGGACAUCUACCACACGAAUGACUACGAGCGGUUUUUGUCCGAGUUGCAAAAUCAUACUUAUAUCGAAGGAGAAGAUCUGCCGAACAGGUUUGGCUAUGAGCUAAACCUUCAUAUUGCAAAAUGGUACAACUAUAGCAUAUUUUUAAUAACUGCAGACCGGUGGGGUUUAAAGCUGCCCAAUGGUUCCCUAUCUGGUGCAUUAGGUCAAGUAGAAAGAAAAGAAGUCAAUACGACUAUGGGUGCAGCAAGAUACAUGAUUGAAAGACUCAAUGUGGUAGACCCUGUAAUUACUACACAUGAAUUCUGGUUUAUGUUUAUAUUCAUCCAGCCAAGGAUUUUGGGAACGUACAAAUCCCUUUUUCUACCCUUAAGCCUUGGGGUUUGGAUCUCUUUAGUUCUGUUGAUAAUUGUUGCAUCGAUUACACUUUUCAUCAUGCUCAAAUAUGAAAAAUCAAAGGAUUUGAAACAUAAGGAAAAUAUAAGUGCCUGCUUUUUACAGUUGAUUGGUAUAUUUUCUCAACAAGGCUUGACCAUCGAAGUAUUCAACUUGUCCUCCAGGUUAUUAUGCUUAUUCUUGCUCCUAAUGGGCACUAUAGUGGUAAUAUUAUACAAUGGAGAAACAACAAAUGCACUCCUCUCGACAGCCCCAACGCCGAUAAAAAACAUUGACGAUUUAGUGAAAAGCGAUAUAAAAAUGGCACUAGUUGAUGCUUUCUAUUUUACAAAUAUACAAGUAAGAAAUUCUUUCGUACCAAAGAAAAUAUACGAAAAAAUAGAUAAGCACAUGACAAAGACUUAUUCAUUGCAAGAAGGGUUAGAGAUGAUUAAACAAAAUGUAGCAUUUUGUACUGAAUACUUCUGGAUCUAUGUCGCAAUCGAUAAAUAUUUUGAUGAAGAGCUUAAAUGUAAAUUGAGCUAUAUUUUACCCAUGCCGUCUUUAUUAGUCACACAGUAUGUUGUGAAACAUUCGCAUUUAAGAGAGCUAUACAAUGAAGCGAUCAUAUGGAUGAAAGAAAAUGGACUGUCACAUUAUGGGCAAGUGAGGUGGUUUCCGCAAAAGCCCAAAUGCACAUUAAAGCAGGGUUUCAUUUUUGUAAGACUCGAGUCUGUGACGAUUGCAAUCGCUAUAUACUUCAUCGGUCUGAUCCUUUCCAUUAUAAUCUUUCUUGGUGAACUGAGGAUCAAGAGAAACAGGGCCAGAGUAAGAAAUAUUGUACAUAGAGAUAAACUAAGGAAUGGAAAAAUACAGUGGAUGAUUUGAUCAUUUCAGAUAGAUUAAUUUUAGA